AGCCAAUUCCUAUGAGAACAAUCCAAGGACAGAGACAAGUUGGGACGCAAAUCCAACGGGGCAAAUGGAAGCGAACAAAUGAAGCGACCAAUUCCAUAAGUCUCACCCCCACAUUGAACAACACCCAGAUGGCAAAUCCCAAUCGGCUCCUUCUUCUCCCGUAAACUACCUGCUCUGCCCUCUAGAUCCUCUGUCGUCUCUACCACAAAACUUUUACUUGUUUCCUGAACGGAAGAAAUUAUACCAUCUGUUUUUGAUGCUCAAGGGUCUUCUAUCAAAUAUAAAAAGCUUAACGGACACCAUAGCACAACGUAUGCAACCCUGAAAACAUUUGGGUUUGCUUCAUUCUUGGGUCGGAAGUAAAGAAAAAUGCCGUCGCCAUUACUUCCGAUCUCGAGUCGCUCUUCAAAAUCCUCACCGGAAAGAGCAUUGUUGGUAAAAAGUCAAAUUGAGGAUGAUCCAUCAACCAAUAUCUUCAUUUCUUCUCAAUUUGAAGAUGAGAAAGCCAUGUCUAUGGAGCCUCUUGUUUCUAGAGCUGCAAGCUAUAAUGGUACCAUAGCUACCACAACCACCGAUGAUUCUGCCAAAAACUAUCAGCAGAGACGGCGACGGAUCGGCAGCGAAAACUCACUUUCUUCCCUUUCCAGUGGAGACAGCCCCCAGCAGUCUUUUAGCGAGGAUGUGGGGCAUGCUGCUGCAGAGACUUUUUUGGUGACUCGGUUGAGCUUGAAGCUUUUGACAUAUCUUGGGGUAGGCUACAAAUGGAUGUUAAGGUUUCUUGCACUUGGUUGCUACUCAUUUCUUCUUAUGCCAGGCUUUAUUCAAGUGGGAUAUUACUAUUUCUUCUCCAGGCAGAUUCAUAGAAGUAUAGUUUAUGGUGAUAAACCUAGAAAUAGGCUUGAUCUAUAUCUACCUAAAAACAAAGAUGGGCCGAAACCGGUAGUAGCAUUUGUCACUGGUGGAGCAUGGAUUAUUGGGUACAAAGCAUGGGGUUGCCUUUUGGGACAACAAUUAUCAGAAAGAGAUGUUAUAGUAGCAUGCAUAGAUUACAGAAAUUUUCCUCAGGGAACUAUGAGUGACAUGAUUCAGGAUGCUUCUCAAGGCAUCUCAUUUGUAUGCAAUAAUAUUACUCAAUAUGGAGGUGAUCCUAACAGAAUUUAUCUGAUGGGACAGUCAGCUGGUGCUCAUAUUGGAGCCUGUACUCUCCUGGAGCAGGCAAUCAAAGAAUGUGGUGAGGGAGAGAAUGUUUCCUGGAGUGUCUCCCAAAUAAAGGCUUACUUUGGCUUGUCUGGUGGGUACAAUCUCCUUAAUCUUGUAGAUUAUUUCAAUAGUCGAGGCUUAUACCGUUCGAUCUUUCUAAGCAUAAUGAACGGGGAAGAAUCUUUGAGACGUUUUUCUCCUGCAGUAAUGGUACAAGACCCAAAUGUUAGACCUGCUGUUGCUCUCCUUCCUCCUAUUAUUCUUUUUCAUGGUACUGGAGAUUAUUCCAUUCCAUCAGAUGACAGUAAAUAUUUUGCUGAUGCUCUUGAAAGGGUUGGUGUGAAAACAGAAUUAUAUUUGUACGAAGGAAAGACUCACACGGAUUUGUUUCUUCAGGAUCCAAUGAGAGGGGGAAAAGACAAAAUGUUUGCAGAUUUAAUUGCGAAAAUUCAUGCUGAUGAUCCAGCAGCUCGUCACAAAGAUGCAGUCGCUCCCCCAAGAAGGCGCCUUGUUCCUGAAUUCAUGUUGAAGCUGGCGAGCAUCGUCAGCCCUUUCUAGCCAUUUAACCUUUCAUUCAGUUGCCUUUGUUGGCAUCAUGCAAGCAUACUUAUCAUUUCAUUUCAAUGCAUAUUGCAAUCUACUUGUAAAUACUUGUUUUCGUAUUGCUGUUCUUUUCAUCACCCGUUGCCCCUUCAUUCAUAUUUUUCUUGCUGAAGAUCGUGUGCAUGUGUGUGCGCGCACGCGCAUGCGUGUCAAUUAUGUCAAUUUCAACUGCCAA